AUGUUGUCCUCAAAGAAGAAGAAUAGAAAAAAGACGAGGAAGAAGAAACCAUCACCGUUGCUCCUCCCACCGACCACGCAAUCAACCCAGAUUCCGGAUCUUCCGGAUGAUUUGCUACUGAGUUGCUUCGCACGCGUCUCGAGAUUGCAUUACCCGACUCUCUCCCUCGUCUCCAAGAGAUUUCGAUCUCUCCUUGCUUCACCGGAGCUUUACAAGACCCGAUCACUCUUAGGUCACACAGAGAGUUGUCUCUAUGUGUACUUACGAUUCUAUUCUGACCCUAACAACCUUUGCUGGUUUACUCUCUGCCGGAGACCUAAUCGAAACCUAACCAAGACCAAGAAGAAGCAAAGUAGCCAUCUUUUGGUUCCAAUCACAUCUCCCCAUUCUACUCCUCCCUUCUCAAGUUACACAGCUGUUGGUUCAGACAUCUACGAAAUCGGCGGACACAUCAGUGGCAUGGCUUCCUCUACCGUCUCGGUCUUUGAUUGCAGGUCUCACACUUGGCACCAAGCUCCAAGCAUGCAGGUGAGAAGGAUCAACCCGGACGUCAAGGCCAUCGAUGGAAAGAUAUAUGUUAAAGGAAACAUUGACUACCCCAAUUCUGACUUGGUAGAGGUUUUCGAUCCAAAAACCCAAACUUGGACUUACGAAACUAAAGAAUGGAAAUCACUGGAUGAUUAUGGUGGAAAGAUGGCAGUUUUAUGGGACAGGCUUGAUCAUUCUAGCAAAUGUAAGGAAAGAAAUGUUUGGUGCGCGGUGAUCGCGCUUGAAAGGCUUAGUAGUGAUGAGAUUUGGGGGACACUCGAAUGGUCUGAAGUUGUGCUUAAAGUCCCCAAGUCUAUUCAAUUUGUGGAUGUCCUUUCUGCUACUGUUUGA